AUGGCCAGUUGUGGUAUAACAGCUGGUGACAAGCGCAUUGGAAAAGCUUUGUCAAUUGUCUCUCCUCUGUGUUGGGGCAAAUUUUUUUCCUUUUGUUUUUUGUUUUCUCACUUACCUGCUAUCGUGUAUUCUUUUACUUUUCGCUCUGCGGUAUUUUGUUAAUUAUGCUCCUUUGUUACGUGCUGUAUGUAAAUUUCGUUAUAGUUUGUUAUCUCGCUCCUAUUUAUUACCAGUUUUUACGUGUCUAUUAGUGUAACAAUUACAUUCGUUGAAGUAGAUUAUCUUUUUCCUCGGUGGCCCUGACCACCGACUCUGUUAUCCUCAGCAUUUGGUAAGCAGCUUCGUUUUCAUCGUUUUUUCAUUAAUUUCAUUUUGCCGUCGCUUUAAAGUAGUUUUUCUGUAUUGUAACUAUUAUUUUUUCGCUCUGCUUUGUAGGAAUUUACUUUUUUUUGGUUUGGUAAUAGUAAAACAUUUGCUGAUUGUGAGUUCACGUGUUGUGUGUUGGAAUUGGCCCUUGCCCGUUCACUCUGUACCAAGUCCAGAGAAAUACCAACACUGCAAGGCAAACCAAUCCCUAUCCUUACCAUGCUGACUAUUUUGGUCACAAAUUGCACAUAGACCAAAAUGAAAUACUGGCAAUGUAUGGAUUAACUGAAGUCAGUGCAUGUGAUGGCUAUAGCGGAAAGAUUGUGGCUUUUGCAACAAUGCCAGUGAAGAACAAUGCUUUGAUCUAUGAGAAUGUUUACAGGUACAGUAUUCAAAAAUUCUUUGAAAAUUGCUAUUAUUACUACAGGUGAUAAUAAUAUUACAAUUAUUGCAGCAGUUUUCCACUUUAACAACAAGUACUUCCAGAUAAGAAGUACCAGCAAGGGUAUAAAGUAAAAUAAGGGAAGCAGCGAAGUAACAGUGAUGAAUAUAUCACGAAAACAAGCAUAGAUCAUAUUAAAAUUUGAUUUGUUUAUUUACUCACCUUUGUAUUUGUUAUUGAUGUUUAAAUAUUACAUCCUAUAUUUGCUUUUCUCUUUGAAGAACUGCAGUCAUUUUGGCAUGGCAUUUGGGAUCAACUCAGAGUAGACCAUGGAACAGAGUUCUAUCUCUCUUUGUAUGUACAAGAAAAAAUGUCUCCAUAUAGGACCAAUACAAGAAGGGCACCAUUUAUAAAAACAACUUCGAAGCAGGUGUUUGUUUAGUGAACAUAUGUCACCAUUAUUUAUUAUGAUAAUUACCAUUAAUCAUUAUUUUUAUUAUUAUCAUUUAUUAUUAUUCUCAUUUCAAGAAUCAUCCUGCUGAGAGAAAAUGGGUAGAGUUUAACUCCCGUGUCAACUACCCUAUUAAACGAGCUCUAAAUGCUAUGGUGAGACCUAAUAAAUAUGGAUGA